AUCAAGACUCUGUCUCCAUGUCCACGAUAUACAAUCAAAGUGCCGAGUAAUUCUGUGUGUUUUGAAGCUUAUUAGCCACAUUACAUGUAUAGCUGCUCAAGUUACAAGCUGUAAACAGCAGGAGCUGAAAUGAAUCAAGAAUCAACUAAGCAGAAUCUUUCUCCAAAGCGAAAGAAACGCUCCUCCACUGGCCAGGCAGACCCGGAGAGACUCUUCACUAAACUGCAGAGGAUCGGGCGUGGGAACUUUGGAAACGUCUUCAAAGGGAUUGAGAAUAAAGACCAUCGGAUUGUCGCCAUCAAAGUUAUCGAUCUGGAGGACUCAGAAGACGACUUAGAAGAUAUCCAGCAGGAGAUCACGGUUCUCUCUCAGUGUGACUCCCCUCACGUAACCAAAUACUAUGGCUCUUAUCUCAAGGGGCCCAAACUCUGGAUCAUUAUGGAGUACCUGGGUGGUGGAUCAGCACUGGAUCUGUUAAAGCCUGGCUCUCUGGAUGAGUACCACAUAGCCACGAUCCUGAGGGAAGUGCUUAAAGGUCUCGACUAUCUCCAUGCACAGAGGAAGCUCCAUAGAGACAUUAAGGCCGCCAAUAUUCUUCUCUCUGAGUCUGGGGAUGUCAAACUAGCGGAUUUUGGUGUGGCUGGGCAACUCACUGAUACUAUGAAUAGACGAAACACUUUUGUGGGUACUCCGUUUUGGAUGGCCCCCGAAGUCAUCAAACAAUCAAACUAUGACACAAAGGCUGAUAUCUGGUCCCUUGGGAUUACUGCGAUAGAGCUGGCACUAGGCAAACCCCCCAAUGCUGACCUGCAUCCCAUGCGAGUCUUGUUCCUUAUACCUAAAAACAAUCCCCCUCAGUUGGACGAUGAUUUCUCACGCCCCCUCCAGGAAUUUGUGUCCACCUGUCUAAACAAGGAUCCGGAACAUCGCCCCACAGCUCACGAGUUGCUCAAGCAUCGCUUCUUGAAGGUGGCUCGAAAGACGUCGUACUUGACUGAGCUGAUAGACCGGUACCAACGCUGGAGGGUGGAGUCAGGGGAGAGUGAGGAUCUGGAUGACUCUGUGGACGGGGGGAGUGCUGACAGAGAGCAGGGUGGUGUCAAUGCUCUAUGGGACUUCAACCAAGACACACACACAAUUCUCAGACCUACUAAACCCACAACUCAUAAUGGCACUGCUGUGUCCAUUCAUCACGGCUCCUCCAAUGGCACAGUUGAGCAAACGCCUGAGACAGCCACUGAAAAGCCUGGGGACACGCCCCUUUUGACCGAGGACACACCCACUACCACACAGCUAGGGAUAGAAGAGAUGGUAAUGGGGCAGCCCGACAGUGAACGUAGUAGCUCGUUUGUGAGUGACGGUGACUCUCCCAUCAAGAGAGCACGGGACUCGGUGAUUAGUCGACCAGAGAGACCACUGAGUGUUGAUAUGCCUGCUGGGACUCUGGUGGAGCACCUCUCAACCUCCCUGUCUAGAAUCAUCAUUCCUUUACUGAAGCAGUUCAGUGAUGGACAGAAGGAGAGCAAUCGCGGGGUGACCACCAUUCAAGAGCUGAUCCAAGCUUUCAAGAUCGCAGAGCGAAGCAGCCCAGGAUUUUCUGACGUCUUCAUUCAGAGAACAAUCUCCUCUCUCAAGAGAUAGCAACCUUUGUCCUUUAUUGUUAUUCCAUUUCCUGUGUCUUGCAUUCAUGUUUUACAUUUUGUAUAUA